AUGAAUAGCCAUCUAGUCAAGGCCGACCUCAGUGGCGGUAUUGUGAAGAUCGAUGUGGGAGAAACAAAUACCCCCUUUGACGUCCAUAUGGAGCUAUUAUGUAAUUGCUCGCCCUAUUUCGAUAACCUGUUCCAACGCCGCUUCGACCAACCUCUUACGGAGCAAGUGAUUUCCUUUCCGGAUGACGAUCCCCAAAUUUUUGCUCAAGUCAUUCUGUGGAUGUAUCGUGGCAACGAUUCCAUUGAUUUGAUUGCGGGUGAGAAAUUGGACUUUCUCGUGCGACUUUGGAUUCUCGCGGGCAAUUUCGAAAUGAUAGACCUGCAGAAUCAGCUGAUGCUGGUCUGUAAAAAAAGGGUCGACGAAUCGCUACGAAUUCUUAGCGUGGACACAAUCAAUUACAUCUACUCUCACACCCUACCUCAAUCCCCAAUGCGUCUUUUAGCGGUGGAUAUAUGGGUGCAAAGGUCGACCACAAAGGGCUUUGGAAAAAGACAAGAAGAAGUUUCGCGGCCUUUCCUUGAAGAUCUCUGCCAUGGAUUUAUCAAAGAAAGAGAGAAAUUAGACUUGCCUCAAACGCUCCCCGAGCUAUCCGAUCACCGUUACUUCAUUGAUGAUUUACCACUUGAGGACAGGGGUGGCAAGGCUCUAGGGCUAACCAGGGCUGUGGAAAUUAAGCAAACUGCCACGAAAGCUGAGAUGGAGACUAGAAAAAUCAAAAUUCCCUGCUCUCGCACGAAAGCUAAAUCGGUGAUGUCAAUUCCAAAGUCAGACAAUACUGGAGUAAGUGUUGAUGGGCAGCGGGAUACGUCUGGAAACUCAGAUUAG